AGAGUACCUACUGUGCGCAAACUUUCCUCCACCAUGGCCGUGCUCCAACUCACCACGCGUUGCCCGCUUGAAUCUACCACCCACUAAAUCGAUCUGAUUGAAUAAUUGGCCAGUUAACGCUUAGAAGAAUCUGGAAAAAGAUGAGAUGGCGGGGGGUGAGGGAGAGAAGAUAAAAGCAGAGUGUUACCUACACUCCCUCUUCCUCAGUCUUAACUGCACUUUACUCAAAGCGGGUUUCCUUGGUUACAACAGCAUAACAGAGCCUAGUUUCUUAGAAUGGUAAAAAAACCGGAGGGGCGAUAAGAUGGGUGGUCCUGACACAUUUUACUUUGAUGCAAGCUGCACACAGUUCUCAUUCUCUACGCCCUCACCUCCAACUUCGUGUCGCCGAACUCCUUUGCCCUCCCACGACCGAGGCUCACCGGGACGCAGCCCCAAACUGAUUAUCAAGGGGGUGUCCUUGGGUUUGGGAACCUUAGAAAGUUGAGGCGGGAGUAGGGGCGGGGAGAGACUUAAUUCCCAGUGCUUCUGGCCCUUGUUUGCUGGGGAGCCCCGCAAGCGGGUGUAGGCCUACGGGUCGAAGCCCAGCAACUCGGACCCUACAUCCACUUGGCGGGGGCCCUUGGAGGCUGCGGUAGCUCCAGUCCACUCUCCCUCGCUCCAGUUCCAGAUUUCUGCGGGAGCUGCGGCUCUGGGAGGGAGGGGGCUGCAGAGUGAGCGUGAGGAUUUGAAUGAGAAAGCAGGUUGUGGAGAAGGCGCUCCGCUCUUCCCAGCCCGUCUUGGGGGUUUCUGCAGGCUGCUGGGGUGAAGUGCCUUUGGGGGGAGGGGCUUUUCUGCCCCUCGAUCGGGCUUUGGAGUUAGAGUCACAGGAGCCAAUAACUCAGAACCUCAGCACUUUGGAGGUUUCUUCUCUGCCGAGGACUCUGAAGACUCCAUCUACCGAACUCUCAAAGUUGAGCAGGGGACUCUGCACCUCAGAACAGGUCUCUGUGGAGUGCUAUGGAACGUCUGCAAGACUACCCCUGGUGGGAACUUUGAAGAUGUAUGCGGUUUUUUUCAGGGGUCAGAAUCCUGGACCAGAAGUUAAUGUCUGAAUGUGAAUGCCAGAGGAAUCUUUUCUUCUCAAAUUGAAAAAGAAAAAAAAGUGACUUCACAAGUUCCCAUUUUAAGCAGAGCCUCAGAGGAGAAGGUAUCACUUCAUUCUUUCCAGUAUACAUUAAAAGAUUGACUUUGAAGAAGAAGGCAAUUUGAUGUUGAUGGUGUGUCUGAAAUUUGUUGAUCAUGAGUUACUGGAACUUGAAGAAAAGGAACUGCGUGCAGUACCGCAGGCAUUUUCUGGUGGACAACGGUGUGUUUCACGUUGAAAGAUGCAUGAGUGUAAUGCAGUCUGGGACACAGAUGAUCAAACUGAAGCGUGGGACCAAAGGGCUCGUCCGGCUCUUUUACCUGGAUGAGCACCGGACCCGCCUCCGAUGGAGACCUUCUAGGAAGAGCGAGAAGGCAAAAAUACUUAUCGACUCCAUUUACAAAGUCACCGAGGGCCGGCAGUCUGAAAUAUUCCACCGACAGGCUGAGGGGAGCUUUGACCCCAGCUGUUGCUUUACCAUCUACCAUGGGAACCACAUGGAAUCCCUGGACCUCAUCACCUCCAACCCCGAGGAGGCCCGCACCUGGAUCACAGGCCUCAAGUAUCUGAUGGCCGGCAUCAGCGAUGAAGAUUCCCUCGCCAAAAGGCAGAGGACCCACGACCAGUGGGUGAAGCAGACCUUUGAGGAAGCUGAUAAAAAUGGUGACGGCUUAUUGAAUAUUGAAGAGAUACACCAAUUGAUGCAUAAGCUAAAUGUCAAUCUACCCCGAAGAAAAGUCAGACAAAUGUUUCAGGAAGCCGAUACAGAUGAGAAUCAGGGAACUUUGACAUUUGAAGAGUUCUGUGUUUUUUACAAAAUGAUGUCAUUGAGGCGGGACCUUUAUUUGUUGCUCUUGAGCUACAGUGACAAGAAAGAUCACCUAACUGUGGAAGAAUUGGCUCAGUUUUUGAAAGUGGAGCAAAAGGUAUUAUCAGACUAUUGUUUGAAAUAUAUAAAAAAAUUCAAAAAAGUCAAUAAACCUAUGAAAAAUAAGCAAAUCAUGGGGGUGGAAGGCUUCACAAACUUCAUGCGCAGUCCUGCCUGUGACAUAUUUAACCCACUGCACCAUGACGUGUACCAGGACAUGGACCAGCCCCUGUGCAACUACUACAUCGCUUCCUCCCACAAUACAUACCUGACUGGGGACCAGCUUCUUUCUCAGUCCAAGGUGGACAUGUACGCUCGGGUGCUCCAAGAGGGCUGCCGCUGCGUGGAAGUUGACUGUUGGGAUGGUCCAGACGGAGAGCCGGUCGUGCACCACGGUUACACUCUCACUUCAAAAAUUCUCUUCCGAGAUGUUGUGGAGACCAUCAACAAGCAUGCCUUUGUGAAGAACGAGUUUCCGGUUAUACUGUCUAUUGAAAACCACUGCAGCAUCCAGCAGCAAAGGAAGAUUGCUCAGUACCUGAAGGGAAUAUUCCAGGACAAGCUGGACCUCUCAUCUAUCGACACGGGAGAAACCAAGCAGCUUCCGAGCCCUCAGAGUCUGAAAGGCAAAAUCCUGGUGAAGGGUAAGAAGUUGCCUUAUCACCUUGGAGAUGAUGCAGAGGAAGGGGAAGUUUCCGAUGAAGACAGUGCAGAUGAAAUUGAAGACGAGUGCAAGUUCAAGCUCCAUUAUAGUAACGGGACCACUGAACAUCAGGUGGAAUCUUUCAUAAAGAAAAAACUGGAGUCACUGUUAAAAGAAUCGCAAAUUCGAGACAAAGAAGACCCUGAUAGCUUCACGGUGAGGGCGCUGCUGAAGGCCACGCAUGAAGGCUUAAAUGUGCACCUGAAGCAGCAUCCAGAUACGAAGGAGAGUGGAAAGAAAUCACACGGGCGAUCCCUCAUGACCAAUUUCGGGAAGCAUAAGAAAACCACAAAAUUGCGGUGUAAAUCCUACAGUACCGAUGAUGAGGAGGACGCACAGCAGAACUCUGGCAAGGAGACCGGGCAGCUAUACAGGUUGGGACGCCGAAGGAAAACCAUGAAGCUCUGCCGAGAGCUCUCUGACUUGGUGGUGUAUACAAACUCCGUGGCAGCCCAGGACAUUGUGGAUGACGGAACCACAGGAAAUGUGUUAUCAUUCAGUGAAACGAGAGCACAUCAGGUGGUUCAGCAGAAAUCAGAGCAGUUCAUGAUUUAUAACCAAAAGCAGCUCACGAGGAUUUACCCCUCCGCCUACCGCAUUGAUUCCAGUAACUUCAAUCCUCUGCCCUACUGGAACGCAGGUUGCCAGCUAGUGGCACUGAACUACCAGUCUGAAGGGCGAAUGAUGCAAUUAAAUCGAGCCAAAUUCAAGACGAAUGGCAAUUGUGGCUAUGUCCUCAAACCUCAGCAAAUGUGCAAAGGUACUUUCAACCCUUUCUCUGGUGACCCACUGCCUGCCAACCCCAAAAAGCAGCUCAUCCUGAAAGUUAUAAGUGGACAACAGCUCCCCAAACCUCCCGACUCCAUGUUUGGAGACCGAGGAGAGAUCAUUGAUCCUUUUGUUGAAGUUGAAAUUAUUGGAUUGCCCGUAGAUUGUUGUAAAGAUCAAACCCGUGUGGUGGAUGACAAUGGAUUUAACCCUGUGUGGGAAGAAACCCUGACAUUUACAGUACACAUGCCAGAAAUAGCUUUGGUGCGGUUCCUCGUGUGGGAUCAUGAUCCUAUUGGACGAGACUUUGUUGGGCAGAGAACUGUGACCUUCAGCAGCCUAGUGCCUGGCUACCGGCAUGUCUAUUUGGAAGGACUGACAGAAGCAUCCAUAUUUGUCCAUGUAACAAUCAAUGAAAUCUAUGGAAAGAACAGACAGCUCCAAGGUCUGAAGGGUCUGUUCAACAAGAACCCCAGGCACAGCUCUUCAGAAAACAGUUCCCAUUAUGUGCGGAAGCGAUCGAUUGGCGAUAGGAUCCUGCGGCGCACGGCCAGCGCUCCGGCCAAAGGCAGAAAGAAGAGCAAGAUGGGCUUCCAGGAAAUGGUCGAGAUCAAGGAUUCUGAGUCUGAGCCUGCAGGAGAUCAAGACGGUGUCCUGAGGAGGACCACCCGGAGUCUGCAAGUGCGUCCUGUCUCUAUGCCUGUCGACAAAAAUUUUUUGGGGGCUUUGUCGCUGCCUAUAUCCAAAACAGCAAAUGACACUGAAGGAAAGGAAAACGCUCUGGCAGACGUUCAGGAUGGCAGCAGAAAUGGGAAGACAACUAUAAAAGAGCAACAUUUUCCAAAUUUCAACAAAAAGUUAUCCUCUUCCUCCAGCGCUCUCCUCAACAAAGACAUCAGCCAAGGGGAUUCUGCUAUUUCUACUGCUAACCUGUCAAUCACAGGACAGUUGGGAGUGCUGGGUCCUAAGGGUGGGAGAACCAAAUCAAAUGUGACAGGUGACUGCCAGGAACAUCGCUGCCCCAACAAAUCCCUCUCCCCAAAGCAUUUGGCUCUUAAACCUGCAGUUAACCCAACACAAGAUCUCUGUGGUGUGAAAACCAAGGAAAAUGGGAAUGCUGGGGGCUUUGCGGAAGAAAAAAGCACAUUGUCUGGAAGCAUCUUUUCUCAAAGCAACCUGGAGAUUAAGAGCUUGGAAGGUAAUUGGGGUAAGGGCAGACCCGCAACAUCCUUUUCUUUGUCAGACGUCUCUACGCUCUGUUCUGACAUACCUGACUUACAUUCUACAGUGAAUCUGCAGGACAGUGAUAUUUCUCAUCUUAUUGACAAUGUCACUUUAAUGAACGAGAAUGAUCCGGGCAGUUCCAUCUCAGCACUGAUUGGCCAGUUUGGUGAUACCAGCGAUCAGACUAACCUCACAGUUGUUUCUCAUCUUCAUAGCACUAGUGUGAUGUCAGGCCAUCCUCCCUUACCCACCAUGAACCUUAAAAUGCCCUCCAAGCAUGGCUCUUCCAGGGGAAAACCCAAGUCAUCCUUACUGUGCUCAUCUCCUGAGCCGAUUGCAUUCUCGAGUCCUGAGACCUCCAAACACUCAAUGCACACAGUUGCUUGUGAAACUGCCUGCACUCCUACUGUCUCUAAAAUUAAACCAGAUGAUGACCUUUCUGGUAAGGCCAAGACAGGGGCCGUGGAAAGUAGCCUGCCUCUUUCCUCUAAUACUUCUCAUUGCUGGUUGCCAAAAAGUCCCACCAAUGGCAAAGCUUGGGAAAUACUGAGGAAUCGCAGCCCCACCUCUUCCGCUGACUUGACACUGGGAGAUGUAAUAGCUGAUCCCGCUCUCUGUUUAAAUUCUGGGGAGAGCAGUCUCGUGGAAAUGGAUGGAGACUCAGAAAAUCUGUCUAUACCAACUUGUGACUAUAGGAGAGACGACACAAAUCACCUCGCUUCUCCUUUAAAACUGAAGUACAGCCAGGAUAUAGUGGAACAUUUUCAAAGAGGCUUAAGAAAUGGCUACUGUAAAGAGACUCUCCACCCUUCUGUAGCUGAAAUAUUCAACAAUCUUCAAGAUGACAACAAUCAAGGUAUUUCUGGUCUAAACUAUCAGGGUGCUGGUUUUAUGCAUAAGCACUUCUCCAAUUCAGAUGUAAAAAUGAACCAGACCUGCGUGCCCCCAUCUAGUGCUCAGGACUUGCAUGCCCCUGCACCCAGCCAGUCUCCACGCCCUCCCCUGCCUGCUCUGAAGCUGCCCAGCCCUUGCAAAUCCAAAAGCCUGGGAGACUUAACAUCAGAGGACAUCGCCUGCAAUUUUGAAAGCAAGUACCAGUGUAUUACUAAGAGUUUUGUUACCACUGGAAUCAGAGAGAGGAAGGGUAUGACUAUGAAGACAAAGUCCUUGGAGCCGAUCGAUGCUCUGACGGAGCAGCUGCGGAAGCUCGUGUCCUUUGAUCAGGAAGAUGGCUGCCAAGUGCUGUAUUCCAAGCAGGAUGCCCAUCAGUUCCCCAGGGCACUGGUCCGGAAGUUGUCAUCCAGAAGUCAGAGCAGAGUGCGCAAUAUUGCCAGUCGUGCCAAGGAAAAGCAGGAAGCCAACAAGCAGAAAGGUGUGAACCCCAGCAAUGUGGGAGGAGUGAUUCUUCGGAGCAAACCCUCAGGGCCCACGCCUGUGGGGAACCGGCACUCCACCGGCUCCUACAUAGCAGGUUACCUGAGGAGCGCCAAAGGCGGGGGUGGCGUGGAGGGCCGAGGCAUUCCCGAGGGCGCGUGCACAGCCCUGCGCGCUGGCCACGCAGACCAGUUCUGUUCGGAUAAUUCUGCUUUGCAGACAGAGCCAAGCAGCGAUGAUAAACCAGAAAUUUAUUUUCUUCUGAGACUGUGAAUUACAUAACACUGCGUUUUCCAUGUUUACAAGGUAUUCUGUAGAAUUGUCACAGCUUUCAGUAAAAAUGGUCCUUGGCCUUGCAAUGAUUUGAAAAUGUAUUUUUAAACUUGUAUUUUGGCCUCCCUUUGACUCCAUCUGUUCUUCCUGUUUAUGCAUUUAUGUAUAGAUUUGGGUGACAUUUCCCAUGUACCUAGGAUCUUUCUUCCCUGUAAACUCUUCUGGUAUGAAAUGUGUGCAUGACCUAAUAAGAAACUUCUCAGCAGCCUGGGGUAUAAUGUCCGUAUGCUUCACCGACAUGACAUGCUCUUUACUCUGUGUCCUCAGAUCACAGUCACAAACAUAGGCAUUUUUACUCUCUAACUCUUGAGUUAAUUAGGAUGACUUUGCAAAGGACAGAGGGAUGAAUUCUUUAUCUUAAAGCCAUUAUCAUCUUUCCUAGUUUUCAGUCUUUAUUGAGAAGCCCCAAUGCAUUUUAUAACUCAGUUAAAAGAAGACUUAAAUAGUUAACUUUACCUUUUAAGAUUUCUUUACACUGUCCAGAAUGAGAGUUCAAAAGAGAUUGGUAGCUGCUUCCCCCAGACCCUCAAUUUUAGAGUAAGCUGUGAGAUUAGGAGGAAUAAAGCAAACUUCUGUAUAUAAGGACAAACUUGUUUGUUUUACAUAAAUUUUGUUACAUAUUUUUGCUAAUGGCUUUCUAUGUAACAAGAAAACAGUUGCCAAGCUAUUUGUUGUACUUUUGCAUUUUCUGAUUAAUUUAUAGACUGCAAAUAAUGGCUUUCAGAAUGAGGGACUCCCAUCAGACACUAACAAUAAUAGUAGCAGAAAUUGAAAACUUCCCCUAAAGUUUUCAAGAAAAACAAACAAACCUUUCUUAUAAUAAAAUCCAAGUGAAUAGACAAUUAGAAGAAACCUUUUUCCUUCAGGGAGCCAAGUAACUAUAUUUUAGUACCAACAUACAUUAUUUUCACCAUGAAUCCAUUUUUUAAUUGCAUGUUCUGAUGUCCCUCUGCUUUUUUGUAAUAUUAACUGCAAUGAUGUUCUUGGAAUUCAUGAAAAUAUAAUUAAAACAGAUUUUUAAACA